AUGGAAUCUCUCGAUAUUGUUGCUCAAGAGAGACGGGAUAUUGAUCAAAAUAUUGCCAACCUGGAUGAUCUCUAUAGCGCGUUACUCCAAAUGAGACAGGAUAUUGAAGAAAAUAUUGGCACCCUGGAGGAACCUCUUCGGCACCUUAACAACGCCAAGACAACUGGUGACAUACAAAAAUAUCUUCAAGAAUUUUCCAUUGAAUUCCACAAGCUUUUUUUGUUGCUUGAAAAGCUGGCCGGUUUUACGACGUGCGCUUUGAGUAUAGGCAUAGAAACAGGGGAAUCGGGUGGGUUCAGAUGGCAUAUAGCCGCUUUCUGGGAAGAUUACAGACAUAUACAGCAGAUCAUGUACACAUGCUCAUUAUGUCGUCAAUUGCAAGAUGCUAAGCUUCAUCGAGGGGUACAGUACCUUCAGCAACAGAUGCGUGAUUUAGAAGCUGUUUGUGAAGAAAGCAAGGAGCAACUGGAGGCAGACUUGUCGGAGGAUGACCUGUUUUAG